AUGCCGGAUGCAGUAGGUGGAACAUCAUUAACGGUUACUUCACAAUUAGAAGAUGCCAAUAUAUACAUCAUGCAUGUACCAAAAUUGAAGGAUGCAAAGUCGGAGGUACUUUUUUAUGACAAGUUCAAUAAAGAAACGGACACCUGCGCUGGCGAAAGUGCCGUUGAAAGUAUAAAGGGGUAUUUAGGAAGUUCUCUGAAUUAUGCAAAUAAAGGCAAUGAUAUCGAUAAAAUUGGCAAAGCAAUAUGCUACGUGGACAAAAUGUAUAAGGGCACCGAUGCACAUCCGUACAAGAAGGAACUCUGUCACGCGCUAUAUUUCUGGAUAGGGGAUAUAUUGUUCAACAAUGUGAAAGAUAGUGAUUCACUUUCACUUAUUAUAAGUAUGAUUUGUGAACAAUUACAUAAUUCGUAUACUCAACAUGGGUGUGAAAUUAUUUGUGAAACUAUAGGCAAAGACCUUUUCCUUAAGAGAAAAACAAUAUUUGAUUACUACCACGAUUACAGUGUCAUACAAACAGCCAUCCUAAAUCAUGAGGAGGCCCCCUGUGCUCAGUUAUAUAGCCAAUAUUUGGACGCCAUCAUACCAAUAUAUGAAGGUGUAAGGAGUGGUUGUGGCGGGGUUCCUACGAGUGGUUCAUAUUGUGAGCAGUUUAAAAAAUGUUUAAUGAUACUAAUGAUCCAGAACAGUUGCAAUUGA